AUGCUGUCCUUUGCGGAUCCUCGGGCAUUGAAGACGAUUUAUGGCCUGAAUAAGGGGCUUACGAAGUCCGAAUUCUAUCCAGUACAACAGGCUAUUUCAAACGGAGACCGACUGCCUUCUUUAUUCUCGACCACUGAUAACCAGUUCCAUGCGGAAUUGCGGCGUUGCGUGAACAGUGCCUUUUCUAUGAGCUCUCUCGUCCAAUAUGAACCAUCUGUGGACAUCGUGACGGAAAUGUUUCUGGAUCAGACGGAAGCUUUGUUCUCGUCAAAGAAUGCAAUUUGCAACUUUGCAGAGUGGUUACAGUUCCUCGCCUUCGACGUCAUAGGUCAAAUCACUUACAGCAAAAGUCAUGGCUUUGUGGAUCGUGGAGAAGACGUUGACGGCAUGGUUGGCUAUCUCGGAAAAUUGUUUUCCUACGUUGCACCGGUCGGCCAACUCCCUAUGCUAGAUCGCUUCUUUCUUAAAAAUCCGCUUUUACGCUUCCUCGACAAGCACGGAAUCAUGUCUUUCACCUUCCCUGUCGUGACUUUUGCGAAAGCCCGUAUCAAUGAGCGCCUCAGAGAGAUUGAAGCGUUGAAAGCGCACGGAAUCGACACUGUCGCCACGGUAACGGGUCGCCGAGGUGACCUGCUCUCAAUGUUCCUCAAAGCCAAAGAAGAUCGCCCUGCAUUCUUUCACGAUGGGCGCGUGCUCACCAUGGCAGUCAGCAUGGCUUUUGCCGGCUCAGAAACCACGGCGAUUUCACUUGCUGCCGUCUUUUACUAUCUCCUCAAGAACCGUCCCUGCUAUGUGAGAUUGAUGGAGGAACUGGACGAGGCCAUUCAUACCGGUAUGGUCGAAAACCGUCCCAACGGUCUGGUGUCUUGGACCGAAUCCCAAAAGCUUCCGUACCUUGAUGCUUGUAUCAAAGAGGCAUUUCGUCUCCAUCCAGCUGCAGGACUCCCUUUGGAACGUGUAGUCCCAGCAGAUGGUAUGGAAAUCUGCGGGCAGCUCAUUCCUGGUGGGACAAUUGUCGGCUGCAGUGCUUGGGUGAUACAUCGACGGCCAGAGAUAUUUGGAGAAGACGUUGAAACUUAUCGCCCAGAGAGGUGGUUGGAAGCGAACGAGGAGAGCAAGAAAUCUAUGGAAGGUUGCAUGAUCCAGUUUGGCAUGGGCGCCAGGACGUGUAUCGGAAAGAAUAUCAGUCUUCUGGAGAUCUACAAGUUGGUACCUAGUUUUCUCAGGAGGUUCGAGGUCGACUUGGCAAACCCCAACAAAGAAUGGAGAUUGCACAAUGCUUGGUUUGUCAAACAGCUGGACUUCAACACAACCUUUAGACCUCGAAGCAUGGCAUAG